UUCUCCUAUAGAUAAUGAUAUACACUAGUGCUAUCAUAAUACAUGAGGUAACCAAAUGGGCAAGGUUACGGCAGAACAGUGGCCAAAACUGAAACACCUUCUACAACUCCGUGGGUUUGUUACUCAGAAGUCGGCAGACCACAGUGGAAGCAGCUAUAAAUUUGGACCAGCAGGGACUUUACUGAAGAGAAAUAUUAGACAAACAUGGUGGGACUGGGUGGUGAUUAGACAAGAUUGGAGGGUUUUCCCAGUGGAGGGAGGAAUUCUGAAAACGGACAAGUCAAGUAAUUCUCUGAGAGAAAGUUUUCAAGAAGAGUGUUUGGAUCAUUUUGGGGACAUUCACAAGAUGUUUAACAGUGCUCUCCCUUUCUCUCUGGCUCACACUGGAGUCUGCUUCAAACACUCAGUAAAAGAACCUCAUCAUUUCCUCUUCGAUUCCAGAGAGCUGACCAGUCUGGUGACCUUCAGUUUCUGUAGACCUCAGUCCUCAGUCAAACAGUUUGACCAGCUGGUGACCUCUCGUCUUAUGUGGUGGCGUAAGUUUGCAGGAAGUCCCUCCAGUUUUACAGAGAAAGUGUCAAAAGAUGAGGAGAAUGUCAUACAUAUACAGUACGAGUUUCCUUGGGGACCUGAUUCAGUGGAGGUCAUAAAGAAUCAUGGGAGAAAUUUUCUUGAAUCCUCUUCCCAUCCAGAUAUCAAGGAAUUGAUGUCAUCUAACCAAAUUCUAAAACCUUCUAAUGGACAGGAGAGCUGUGUGCCUUCAGUGAUCGAGAGCAAUAUGUUCCUGGAGGGAGGCAUGCUGGCUUACAUAUUAGAUGCUUACACAGAGAAAAAGACUUUCUCCCUGGACACUGAACAUGAAGGCAAGGGAACAAGAAAGGUUCUGCAGCUUCAUCCUGCUUUUGCCCCAUACAACUUGUCCAUUGCUGUGACAGAGAAUGGUAACCCAGUUCUUAAACAGGUCAUAAAACACAUCACCAAGGAGAUCCACGAUGCCAACAUCCUCUCUCUGGAUGUCAGUUCCAGUACUGACUCCCUAGAGCACCAGUUUAUUAGGAAUGAUGAAUUAGGGAUCCCCUUCAGUGUAGUGAUAGAUGAUACUACAAUAGACAUGGCCUGUAUUGGUGUAAGGCACCGUGACAGCACACUGAAGGAGAAAAUCCAUAUCACUGAAAUAAAAGAUUUCAUACAGAGACAAAUUCAGUGAGGAGAGGUAAACAGAAUUCCCAUAUACAAGAAAGGGCGAGUUCAGGAAUCACUUCUGAACUGUAAAAAUUAUUAUUUGUAGUCUUUAGUAAAAAGCUGUUUUCGCAUUCGUUAUACAUAAAGUACAUGUGUACUAGUACUCAUUCAAAGCUAGUGGAUAUGAAAUUUACAUUUACUGUUGGCAGGUCUGUUAAAGGUUGUAAAGUGACAUGUUUUACGUUUUUAUACAGAAUUUCAUUAUUGUGUUCAUGCUUUACAUGCAAAUAGAUUUUGUAAAUUACCAAAUAAAUUGUUGAAGUAUAGA